UCUUCUUCUUCUUUUUCUUCGCAUUUAAUUAGAAAAUUGCUCUUUUAAAUUUCACAUUUUUAUUAUCUUUCAUUUCUUCUUUUUCUUCCUUUCACUCUGCUUCUAGCUCCACUUUUGCAAGCACCUCGCCAUUUGUCUUACUCUUACUCUUUUAUGGAUCCCGAAAACGCCACCCCACCCCCCGACUCUCGUCUGAAAUUUUAUAAGAGUACUCUACUCUUAGCAUACCAGAGUUUUGGUGUUGUGUAUGGAGACUUGAGCAUAUCACCGAUAUAUGUUUACCAGAGCACAUUUUCGGGAAAGUUGAGGUCUCAUGAGGAAGAUGAUGUAAUUCUUGGGGUACUUUCUUUGGUUUUCUGGACUUUGACCCUAAUCCCUCUCUGCAAGUACAUUAUAAUUGUCUUAGGAGCAGAUGACAAUGGUGAAGGCGGAACUUUUGCAUUGUAUUCAUUGCUUUGUCGGCGCACAAAGCUGUGUCUUUCAAGUGCUCCUCAUGCAACACCUGAUGAGUAUUCUCCUUACAAUUCUGAAACACCCCUAAGGGAGACGAGGGGAAGCUUGCUUAUAAAGGAGUUCUUUGAGAAACAUCACAAUUCGCGACUUCUAUUGCUACUGGUCGUGCUUCUGGGAACCAGCAUGGUUAUUGGCGAUGGCAUUCUAACUCCAUCAAUGUCUGUCCUUUCUGCAGUUAAUGGCAUAAAAGUGAAGGCUAAGGGACUACAUGAGAAUUAUACUGUAUUGAUUGCUUGCCUGAUUUUGGUGGGGCUAUUUGCACUUCAACAUUUUGGGACGCAUAGAGUUGGCUUUGUUUUUGCUCCUAUCUUGUUAGCUUGGCUCUUAUGCAUUAGUCUGGUUGGUUUAUACAACAUAAUACAUUGGAACCCAGGCAUUUUCAAAGCUCUUUCACCAUACUAUGUAUAUAUCUUUUUCAAAAAGGCUGGAAAAGAUGGAUGGAGAUCUCUUGGAGGAGUUGUUCUAUGCAUUACAGGUGCAGAGGCCAUGUUUGCUGAUCUUGGUCAUUUUUCUCAGCUUUCUAUUAGGAUUGCAUUUACUGCUGUUGUUUACCCAUGUUUAAUUAUUGCCUAUAUGGGUGAGGCUGCUUAUUACACCAAGCAUACAGAGGACCUCGAGAGAAGCUUCUUUAAAACCAUCCCUGAGGUUGUAUUUUGGCCAGUAUUUGUCGUUGCCACCCUUGCAACAGUAGUGGCAAGUCAGGCAAUUAUUUCUGCUACUUUCUCCAUAAUCAGCCAAUGUAGAGCACUGAGGUGCUUCCCUCGUGUCAAAAUAAUCCACACAUCAGGCCAGAUACAUGGGCAGAUCUAUAUACCAGAGGUGAACUGGAUCUUGAUGGUUCUGUGCAUUGCUGUUGUUGUUGGCUUCAGAGACACAGAAAUGAUAGGCAAUGCUUAUGGUCUUGCGGUCAUCACGGUAAUGUUUGUUACCACCUGCUUGAUGUUUCUUGUUAUUGUUAUGGUUUGGAAGGGGUGGGUUUUGGCUGCUCUUGCUUUUGUAGUUUUUUUUGGAUCCUUGGAAUUGGUGUAUGUUGCUGCUUGUUUUGCCAAAGUCCACAAGGGGGGUUGGCUUCCUCUUACAUUUUCCCUCAUAGUUCUUUCUGUUAUGUGUAUCUGGCACUAUGGAACUAUAAAGAAACAUUCAUUUGAGAAUCAUAACAAGGUAUGCUUGGAUAUGAUUCUAACCUUGGGACCCCAUUGUGGUGUUACUCGUGUUCCUGGCAUUUGCUUAAUCUACUCCAAUGUGGUCUCAGGGGUCCCUCCAAUGUUUGCACACUUUGUCACCAACUUCCCCGCCUUCCACCAAAUCCUCAUAUUUGUUACUAUUGAGUCCUUCACAGUUCCAAAAGUUCCUGUCAGUCAGCGAUUCCUUGUUAGCCGCAUCGGCCCACCACAGUUUUGUCUUUUUCAAUGUGUUGUCCGGUAUGGUUAUAAGGAUGCCAGGAAGGAUGCCCAUGCUUUUGAGAAUCAAUUACUUGAAACCAUAGCAGAGUUUCUGCGCAGAAGUGGUGAUGAUUGUGAUACUGGAACUUCUGGGCUGAUGACUGUGAUUGAUUCAAGCCCAGAGGGGGAUGCAGGUGGUGUAAGACAAGGGAAUGGAGCUGGUACAGGGACUAACCGGAAGAGAGUAAGAUUUCGUGGUGUUGUAUGCAGUAAGGAACUGGAGGAACUUGAGGAUGCUAGGGAAUCUGGACUGGCAUAUAUGAUGGGCAACACUUGUGUUUUGGCAACCGACACAUCUUCAUAUAUUAAGAAGUUUGUCAUUAACAUUGUCUACGGGUUCUUGAGAAGGAACUGCCGGCGUCCAGCAACUGCACUCGGGGUACCCCACACAUCUCUCAUAGAAGUAGGAAUGGCUUAUCGAGUCUAGUCUCACAGAAAACCAGAAAGUAGGGCAACAGUCCAGGUUCACUGCAAUUUGAAGUAAAUACUAACUAGAUUACGUAGAACCUGACUCCAGUUUUUACGCUCUCUAUAGGUGAUCUCGUACAGGUCUAUUUAUUUAUUGAUGGCUGCAAUUGUAGGAAUAUGAAGAAGCUAAAAGAACUAGGCAUACUGUAAUUAUAUUCUUUUCUUUGGUUAUAUAUAAAAUGCAUUAUUAUGUUCUGCCC